CGUUGUUGCGGCCGGUAUACCGCGUACCGCGAUACGUAUCUAUUUCCUUCCCUCCUUGUGUCAAUUCUUCUCUCUCAUUCUCUCAUCCGCGCGCUCGGUACAUAAUCGGGACGAACAGCUGUUGCUCGUAACAUACAACGAUAGUAUACGAUCGACCGUCGUAGCGCACGCAUCAUUCGCAGCAUUGCAUCCGUCAGACUCGAACGUAAGCACAACGUGAGCGAUUCGUCGAUAUACGUUACGCGUGAAAUCAAACGCGUUCUUCCGUGAAAAGAAGGAAACGUACGUGCGAAUUCCGCGCCUUUCCGCCGCACACGUCGAACGGGGAGUGGACAGAAUCCCGUAAACGGCCGCGAUUUUGCGCGGGAAAUCAUCGCGAGCUGCACGUGGCCGUUCAGCUCCAUUGAAGCUCCUCGAUCGAAGCUCCUCGAUCGAGCGUUCCUCGAAAGGGCAAGAAGACCGGGAAGGAGUAAGGAGAGGAGAGCCAACACGACGUAGAGAACGAGCCGGAGGGUGUCAUCGUCCCGUCACUAGGUCAGAGCGACAGAGCAAACAUGAAUCUGUCAUUCGCUGGCUGCGGCUUUCUUGGCAUCUACCACGUCGGCGUGGCGGUCUGCUUCAAGAAGUACGCACCGCAUUUGCUGCUGAACAAAAUAAGCGGCGCGUCCGCGGGCGCUAUCGCCGCGUGCUGCUUGCUCUGCGAUUUGCCUCUGGGUGAAAUGACAAGCAAUGUAUUACGCGUGGCACGUGAAGCGCGACAACGCACGCUCGGACCGUUCAGUCCAUCAUUUAAUAUACAAGAAAUGUUACUUGACAAUUUGCGCAAGUUUUUACCAGAAGACGCACAUAUCCGUGUUAACGGUAAAUUACACAUUUCUCUAACCAGAGUAUACGACGGCAAGAACGUGAUCGUCUCCCAAUUCAAUUCAAAGGAAGAUUUAUUGCAGGCUUUGUUAGCCACUUCGUUCGUGCCGCUAUUUUCUGGUUUGCUGCCACCACGAUUUCACGGCAUCAGAUACAUGGACGGCGGUUUCAGUGACAAUCUUCCUACGCUCGAUGAAAAUACUAUUACUGUUAGUCCAUUCUGCGGAGAAAGCGAUAUUUGCCCGAGGGAUAUUUCGUCGCAACUUUUUCAUGUCAAUCUCGCCAAUACAAGCAUAGAGCUUUCAAGACAAAACAUAUACAGGUUCACGAAGAUACUUUUUCCACCUAGAACGGAGAUUCUUUCAAGUAUGUGUAAGCAAGGAUUCGAUGAUGCAUUGCGAUUUUUACAUCGUAAUAAUCUGCUAAACUGCACAAGGUGUCUCGCGGUUCAAUCGACAUACGUUGUUCAGGAAACGAUCGACGAUAGUAUGGAAUAUGAUCCGGAAUGUUUGGAAUGUAAAAUGCAUAGACAGGAAGCGUUGGUAGCUAAUAUGCCUGAGACUGUGAUGACAAUAUUCCAAGAUGCUAUAGAUUCUGCCAACAAGGGACUCGUUAAUUGGCUGUUUAAGCAUCGUAGCAUGAAGCUGCUAUCGUUGUUGAGUUUGCCUUGCACGCUACCGGCAGAUGUAAUGUACGCUACAAUCACAAAUUUGAUUGGUAACAAGAUAGAAACUCGUACCUUGGAAUACAAAAUAGUUGGAAAUGUUCUACAUAUCCCACAACAGGCACUUACUUGCAAUAAGCGUUUAACACAUUCCCGAUUCAUUACAACCGUUCCGAAACUACGACAUAACUUGGUGGAAUUAAGUAAAUUUUUCUUAGAGCAGUUGAGUAUAAUGUUCCCGAAACUCAAUACCUACGCUGAACCAUUGCCUCAAAGUAUCAAGUGUUGUUUCAACAUUAUGGAAUACGAUUCGAAUACAUAUGAUGUGCAGGCUAUCGAAGAGACAGACACUAUAUACAAAAAGCAAAAGAAUCUAAAUUUAACUGUCCAGUAUAACGAAUGUGGGCAAUCGUGGAAAGAUUCAAGGCAAUCGAGCUGUGUAAUAAAUAUGAGCGAUUUUACAUCAGUGAAUGAUACUUUUGAAAAUAUUCUCCAAGCAACUUCGGAUCAAGAGGCUGUAAUAGCAUAUUAUUAUAUGGACGAUAACAAUAAAGUGCAAGUGACAGAAAUAUUUGACGUAACAGAAUCAGAAUCGCAGACUAUGCUUUCCAUAGAUGAAGUUGACACCAAUAAGAAACUCCAAUUUGAUGACUGGGAUGAACCUACAUGGUUAUCUCAACAUACGUUCAAUGACGCUACAGAGUCUCUUUAUACUGAUGGAUAUCAACAAAGCAUGGAAAAUUUAUCAGAUAUAUCGUUAGAAGACGAGAUACUGAAUAGCGCAAAUAUAUUCUCCGAUCCGGAAAGUGAGUGGGAAGUAGAAAAGGAUCCGGAAUAUAUAGAAGUUUCUAAAUCUCCGGACAGUCGACCAGAAGUAGAUCAACCAUCCACGAGCGUACUAUAAAAAUAAGUUAGUAGCUUGUUAUCGUUACCAUAUACAAUAUAAUUGAAAAUGUAACUUUUUAGAUAACAUAUUGCAAGACAUAUUACUAUUUAAUUAGUCACGAAUAAUUUAUAGAAUGAGACAUUUAAAAUAAUACACAUAAACUUUUCCAUUUCGCAUGAACAAAAAAGUAACAUAAAUUGCUCAUGUUACCCUAAAUAAAACUAUAAUUUAAAUUAAACUGUUCUAAAUGUAAAUCUAUGUACAUUCAUGUUUUAUAAACAUUUACAUGCUUUUUUAAAAAGAAUUUUUUGAGACAUUUGACACCAGAAAAAAAUUUUAUCAAAACUGUUGUUACUUUUCUAAUAUAUAUUUAAGUUUCUAUUUCAUAUAAUUUUAAUGCUUGCUGAAAAUUUAACACCGCAGUAGGCCUAUUCUGUAACUCUUUAACGAUAAUUCGGUAUCGUUAGUGUCGUUGCGCAGCUUUUUUACCAUGUAUAAAUAUCUGUGCAAGGACGCUGUAACGAUACUGAAUUGUUGCUAAAGAGUUACAGAAUAGGCCUACAGUUUGUAAUAUAUUUUUAUUGUAACGUUACUUUAGUCAUAAAAUAAAAUUUCUCUAGUGAUACAUGCGUAUACCAUAAAACUAUAUGUAUGGCACUAUAAUCAUACGUAUAGCGUGUGCUUUUUACUACACUUUACGUAGCAUUAAAAAUUAAAUGUCUCAUACUGUAUGUUCUUGCAAGAUAUAAUUAAAAUGAAGCAUUAGGUCUGUAAACCUAUUAAUAUACAUAAGCAUAAUUAUUGAAUACGUGCCAAUAAUGUCACAUGCAUUUAAACGUCUGUAGUACGACGUGCAACAGUAUUCUAACAGUAAAAUCCAAGUUGUUUAACUCGAACUUAAAAAUUUAACAUUAAUAACGAGCGUUCACGUGAGUUAAUAUAUUUCAGAAAGAGACUGAUAUAUCGGUGAUUAAAAAGUAUGAUGUCCCAAAAUCAUCGGUAUUUUUUACUCUAGAAAGAAAUUCUAGAAAGUUAAGUUUUCUUUAGCAAAACUAUCGAGCUGGAGUGUAAAUUUUUGAAUAAUGAACGAUUUUGAAAAUAGCAAACUAAGUUUCAGAAGAGAAAACAGAUGACAUAUCAUGUAUAUUUCAUGAGAAUUUGCAAUAGAUAUAUAAUGUUAAAAAUAAAAGGAUUAUUUUUUUACUGUAAAUGGUGACUUAUUCUUGAAUAAGAAACAAAUUAUUUCUGAAUUUCUUACGAUUGUUUCUAGUUGUUGAUGUAUGAAGAAUAUUUGAUGAAAGAAUAUUUGAUGAUACACACACAAUCUGCUUAUAUAACGUAUAAAAGAUUACAGCUAACUUUUAGAACAUAUACAUUGAACAAAUAUAUAACAAACUUGAGCUCGGAAAUUAUGUUUCCGAGCUAUAAGACGUUUUUUCUUCGAUGUGAACAUUAACUUCUCGUUUUUAUUACGAUCAGUUGUUCACUACAUUCGUUGUUCACUUUAAUAUUUGUUUGGACGCAUUUCUGCAGGGAAUGUAUAUGUUCAAACAUGUAUGAUUUGCAGACUUGUGUUUACUAAAUAAUUAUUUCGAUUUGUUUUGAUCAUUACUAUUAUAAGCAAUAUAAGCUUCUAAACAUUAGUAGUAAUUUUUUUUAUACUUAAAAUUGCUUUUUUCCCCGCUAACAAAAUUACCUUUGCACAAUUUUAUUUAAAGCCUUUCUAUAAUUAUCUCUUAAGAUGUGUUGUGUUAAUAGUGAUGAGCAAGAUGUCAAUUAAAAAUUUUUAAUGAAUAUAAAUAUGUCAUCUUCAUUAAUCUAAUUUAUCGCUCGUUACAAUUGCGCAUACCGAAUAAAUUCAGAUUCUUUCGUUUCUUAUAUACAUUUUUCUUUUAUAACUUUAUACGUAGUAAAUAUUUGCAAACGUUCUUUCUCACAUUUCAAUGAAAAUAAUUCUGUGCAAUAGCAACUACCUCUAUUAUAAUUUUGUUAUCGUUCAAGAAGUUGUUGAAAACAUACCGAAUCAGGAGGUUGUGAAAAUACAAUAGUUUGAGAAUAUCUUAACAUUUAAGAUUAUUUUAUAAAAUAAAUUCUGUAUUUUUUUAAUUUUACUAUCUUCCUGCUAGCAUUAAUUAUUGUUAGAUAAUUAUUGUCAUAAGACAAUUUCUACAUUUCCAGAUAGUAUCUAUAAUCUCGAAGUUAUAGAUUAUUUAUAAUAAAUUAUAAAAAAAUUUGUGAUCGUAUACGGCUGGGUCUGAGUGUUAACGAUUAUAUAUUGCGAUAUAAAACAUAAUUUAGUAACUGUAAUUUAGUAAUUAUUGAUCAUGACCAGUUUAGUUUUUAACGAUCUUAUAUAUUUAAAAGUUUUUUAUAUGUACGUUUAAUUACAUUUGAGUUAAUAAUUAUCUAUUUUAGGGCGCCUACAUAUUCCAUCUUAUUCAAAAUUGGAAUUACAAUAAUGCGUAAAAGAAAAUUUGCCUUACCUUGGGAUAAUUUUAUUCAGAAAAUGGGAAUAUAUGAAAAAAUCUUUUAUAUUUAUAAAUAGUAUAUGCAUAUAAUUGCUGUGAAAUGUGCCUACAUAUAAAAUUAUUCCAAAUAGUUGUGCAGAUUAUCUUUUUUACUCAUUGUCAAUUUAAACAAUGCAUUUUUUUAAAUAAUAUUUGUAUCAUGCGCGAUUUUUAAUAACGAGUUAAAUUUUUGUUUUGGUUAUAAGCAGCCUUCCUUGUUAACUUAUGAAUAAUUCAAUUAAAGAAGUAUCGUAAAAAACAAAUGUUAGUUUUUUGACAAAUCUUCCUUUUUGUAAAACAUUGAUUUAAAAUCUUACGUGAUGAUUACAUUGUGAAUGGUUACGCUUAUUGUGUCAUCUUCCUAAUAGAAAUAAGUAGAAUAAAUGCUAAAACGAACAAAUUAUAUCAACAAUCAAAAUUUUCUGUUUAUAAUAUAUAAAAAAUAUUAGUGGAAAUAGAUUGAUAUUUACGAAAUACUUCGUUAAAUAUAAGUUUUAAUAACUUUUAUAUUAAAAAAAACACAUGAGAAACGUUUAUAUGAACAAAGAAUUGUAAUGAUAUAUUUAAUAAGUAUUAGUAAAAUAUUUAUUUUUUGGUAAUUUUUAAACUAGUAAUUUGUUUUUUAUUUCGCAAAGUUUCAGUAUUUGUACAUGGAUACAGAUAACUGAUGAA